CACCGAGGCCAUCAACUCGACCUGCGCCACACUUCACCCACGCCCACCGUGCUCGCCUUCGCCGGACCUCCUCGCCCCUUCUGCGUGCUUCUCCAGCACGUCUCCCGCUCGUACGAACCAAACGUUGCCUCGGUCAGGUCGAAGCCCCACUAGUUGGGCCUCUACCGCCUGUACAACACGGUACAUACGCACACUCCACGAACACGCGGACGUCUUACAUAUCGCGGCCCUCUGCGUCCGACAUGCGCGGGCUGCCCAGAAUAUAGAGUGCGGUAAAGAGUGCAGCUGCUCCCUUGCCGCCCCCGGAUUCCCCGCCACCCCACCAAAUGAACGGCCACACCAAUGGCGCCCACGGCAGCGAUGCGUCCGGCCAGUCGAGAGGCUCUGGCGGCUCCAAACCGACCAUCGCUGAGAUCGUGGGCUCGGCUACGGAGACAGUGGACGGACUGAGACACCACUCGAUCAAGAACUUGCUCGAGCAUGCAAAGCAGCACUUUACCUCGGCCAGGACCAUGCUUGGCAAUCGCUCUCCCGUAGCUGGUUCGUACUGGGAGUAUCUGGUCGCCUACCAGAUCGUUGCUGUCCUGAUCCCUCAGCAUGCAGACUAUCACGACAAGAUCGCCGGCAGCCGCAACCAGACGCACCGCGACUACAACACUUUACUGAAAGAGAUUUCUUCCGCGGAAGAACAAUUUGUGUACAUCAAGAACAUCAUCAAGAACGACAACCUCCGAAAUGGCACCCAUAGCAGGACUGGGUCUGCUUCGUUCGCUAUGAGGCCAGAGUCGCGCAACGGGAAAAUUGCGAUCAAGAGGGAUGACGAGCUGAUGUUGCCAAGCGUGCCUUCGUCAGCACCAAGUAGCGAGGCUUCAAGCUCCGUCAGUUCUGGGCGGAGGAAGCCAGUGCCGCAGCCAAAGCCACAGUCAUUACAUGGCCGAGCUGUGCACCAAAACUCAACGUCCGUCAACGGGGAUCUUGCCGAUCGUUUUGCCAAACUACGAGGGCCUGGUCCAUCCAUAGAUACGACCUCAGCCCGCUCGAGUCAGGAUCUUUCUGUCAAAAUGCCAUCUCCUGCAGACUUUCAGUCUUCGAAUCGACCUGUUGGCCCUAGAGACAUGCCACCACCUUCACGACUACCACCAAAACUUCCACUGGAUACAGCCAUGGCAGCGUCAUUUCCAAAAGAGCCGAGUCCAACCUACAGUCCAGCACGCAACAUUGCCCUGCCGCCACACAUUGCGCCCCCACGAAGCACACCACGAAGCAUGAACGGUACCGGUGGGCGCAGUAACUCAUUGGCGGCAGCAUCGAGCGCAUCGAAUCAAGCGCCGAACACCAACGGCACACCAGAUUCGUACUUUCCGACGCAACAGCUGACUCGCGCACCCGCCAGCCGCACUCGAUCUGUUAGUGCCGCUAUAGAACUGGAGAUAGACGCCGCAAAACUCUACGACUAUCUUCGCAUGUUCAAUGUGCUGGUGAUUGAUGUUCGAGAGCGAUCGACUUUCGAUAGGGGGCACCUCUACCAUCGCACAGUCAUGUGUCUGGAGCCAUCAACUCUACAAGACGGCGACUCUGCCGAGCAACUCUCAGAUCGCCUAGUCAUUUCUCCGGAUGAGGAGCAAGCCAUGUUCGAACGACGGCACGAAUACGAUAUAGUCGUCUACUACAACGACUCUACUAUGAACAUUGACUUCAUGACGAAUCACAACCGAGCUGAAGACGAAGCAGCGUUGAAGCAUCUUUACGACACAUUGACCGAGUUCAAUGCUGAUAAACCUUUGAAGCGACCGCCAAUACUAUUGAAGGGUGGCCUCGAUGCGUGGGUCGAUCUGGUCGGGCCCCAAGCCUUGAAAACGUCAACGACCGCUGCGCUCCUCGCUACUGGCCAGACGAGAUCUCGAGGAGUUCGUCGAGCACCUGCUGCAACAAAUGCUGCAAAGCUGAAUCUACAACGCCGAAGACGAGAGUACGUUCCUAUGGAUCCUGAAGAGGAGCAGCAAUGGCUGGAGGAGGCUCGUAAGGGAAGAGCUGUUGUCGAGCAACCGGCCAUAGAUGAGGAGAGUGAGGAGCCCGAGUCAUCGUUCUACCGUACAACCGAGGAUUUUCUACGGAGAUUUCCAGAUGUUGAAGGAGGACAGUCCAUGGUCCAAGCAGCUCCGCGACCGCCACCGAUACCUCAGUAUGUGCAGCCGGCUAUUCCCAUCGCGCCAUCUCGACCACCACCUUCAGUUCCUCGAGUUAGCUACAGCGGUGUUCAUGAGCGGUCAGUUGCUCCUCAAGGCCGUAACAACCAGCCACCGGUGUACAUUUCGCAACCCCACUUCACCAAUGUUCGCUUACACAAAACUGGUCUGAUCAACUUUGGUGUGACUUGCUAUAUGAAUUCGGUAGUGCAGUGCCUUAGCGGGCACUUGGCGCUUUCUGAUUUGUAUUUGACCGGGCGGUACAACCGAGACUUGCAAAGAGAGAACUGGAAAGGAACAAAAGGCAUCCUGCCUGAAGCCUAUGCGACCCUGAUAUCGAACUUGUUCAAGGGUGACAUCUCAUCCGUACGACCAAGUACAUUCCGCAGGGUGUGUGGCCACUUCAACUCGCAAUGGGGUGUCGACCAACAGCAAGACGCCAAAGAAUUCCUUGAAUUCGUCCUCGACUUCAUGCAUGAGGAUCUCAACGUGACAUGGAACAAGGCCCCUCUUCAGCCUCUGACAGAGAAACAAGAGUUGCAAAGAGAGCAGUUCCCUCGACAAUACGCUGCGAAGAUCGAAUGGGCAAGAUACCAGCAUCGUGACAUGUCAGUCAUUGGUGGCAUGUUCGCUGGCCAGCACGCUUCACAGCUCACAUGUCAAGCUUGUGGCAUCACAAGCACGACCUACGAAGCCUUCUGGAGUCUGAGUUUGGAGAUUCCACACGAUCAAGCCUGCGAUGUGCGUGACUGCUUACGGUCGUAUUGCUCUGCCGAGCGCCUGGCAGGAGACGAGCUCUGGCGUUGUCCCAGAUGCAAGAAAGACCGUGAGGCCGUCAAGAAGAUCACAAUCACGCGAGCACCCGACACACUAGUCGUUCAUUUCAAGCGCUUCAGUGCCUCGCAUAAUGAGAGUGCUCGCAAAGUACGGACACCUAUCAAUUUCCCACUCCAAGGUCUCGACAUGAGCCCGUUCAUGGAGAAGCCCAUGUUACCUGAGCAGGAACAGUACAUUGCGAAAAAUGCCCCUGAUGGCCUGACGCAGUUAGCCGGCUUGAAAGCAGAUCCUACCAUGAACGGACCUUACGUUUACAACGCAUACGCUGUCAUUCACCACAUCGGCGCGACGCUUGGGAGUGGUCAUUACACUGCGUUCGUCAAAGACAAAGCUAGGGGCGUCUGGCGAUCGUUCAAUGAUGACCGUCUGGUGGACUUCGAGCCUGGAAACCUGCAGCCGAAAGAUCGCUUGCAGAACGAGCGCGCCUAUAUCGUCUUCUACGAGCGUGAGAGGGUUGCGGGCGGCGCCUUCUAGGCUUCGGCGCUACAGCCCAUCACGACCAAGUUCAAUUCUCUGUCACAUAUUGCACACACGUGCACGCCCUGGAUAUGGGAGUAUCAUUCCGCAUUGCGGCGGCGUUUGCCUUUGAGAUUAGCGUUACGAUCAUUUGUUUUGCGUCUUGAUACCUUUGAGUCACGAGGGGGUGGGGAUUUUGUACCCUUCGAGGGCCUUUAACAAGCGUUGCGUGUGUUUGGAUAGAGACAUUGGUGAUACCAUGAUUAUAACAGCAUUCUAUUGAUACGAGGAUUAUGUCAUCCCGAUACUAGCCAUUCAGAACCCGCACGUCUCCAAGAUUUUCCUCGCAUCGUCAGAGGGUCACAGCGCUAAUGCGACAUCGGCCCGCAAGCUGAACAGGCGCUAAUUUUAUUCGCGUUGCCUAUCUUAUCG